UUACAACAUAUCUGGUAGGAACGACUAGAAAGAAAAGAAUUCGAGACCUCAACCCUUAGUUGAGUCUAAUACUGCAUACAAAUUGUGCACUCUCGCAUAUCUAAUAAGGGAUAUUGAUUUUGUUCAUCAUUUUUGAUAUAGUUCUCUUGAUUUUACAAGGUGUGUGAGAAUGGUGAGAGGAAAAACUCAGAUGAGGCGUAUAGAAAACGCCACCAGCAGGCAGGUCACCUUUUCCAAGAGAAGAAAUGGGCUGCUGAAAAAAGCUUUUGAGCUUUCAGUUCUUUGUGAUGCUGAGGUUGCACUGAUUAUCUUUUCUCCCAGAGGCAAGCUCUAUGAAUUUUCCAGUUCAAGCACACGGGAGACAAUAGAACGUUACCAAAGGAAUACUAAAGAUAAUCACACUGAAAACCCUUCGGAUGAACAAAAUAUGCAGCAGUUAAAGCAAGAGACAGCAAGUAUGAAGAAGAAGAUAGAGCUUCUUGAAAUCUCUAGACGGUUCGUACAACCUGAUUUUUUUUUGAAGAUGCAAGUUUUCAGGCAGCAAAUUGAGGACUUGAAAGAAAAGGGAAAAGUCCUAGCAGUUGAAAAUGCAUUGCUGUGUAAGAAGUUUGGACUUGAACCACCACAAGGAUCAAAUGAAGAGAAAGCAACUGCAGCAUGUACAGAGAAUAGUGAAGUUUCAGAUGUUGAGACUGAAUUGUUCAUUGGACCUCCAGAAACCAGAAAUAAGCGUAAUUCUCUACAGAAAUGAUAAGACGAUUCAAAUGUUAAAAAGUAAAUUUUUACGAAUCGAUAGAAACGAUCGCUUGUUUGAUAAGAUGGGUUAUUGAGCACGAGAUGGUAUUAGAGGAAGGGGGGGAAAAUGAAGUGAAGUUGAUAUCUCAAGCAGUACUCAGUACCAUGCAUGUCUUUACAAUCUUUGUAAGUAAUUUCUAUUUUUAUUUCGCAUUGGAACAAUACUUGUACUAAAUAUUGCUGAACUUCCAAAAAAUUUUAUCUUAUGAGAGUAUCUCAUAAUUUCAAGUUGUCAUUUAGAUA